AUGGACAAGUCUGUCCCCGCCCGCGACUUCACUGUCGGCUGGGUCUGCGCUCUGCCCAUCGAGCUGGCAGCCGCGACCGAGAUGAUGGACGAGGAGUUCGCCGAGCUCCCUUCUCAGCCAAAUGAUUCCAACGUUUACUCCUUUGGCCGCAUCGGAGUCCACAAUAUCGUGGCUGCCUGCCUACCCGCCGGCCAGAUGGGCACAAACCAAGCAGCUACAGUAGCCAGCCAGAUGAAAACCAGCUUCCCCUCGCUGCGGUUCGGCGUGCUAGUUGGCAUCGGCGGCGGCGUCCCAGAUCUCGGCAACGGUAUUGACAUCCGUCUUGGCGACGUCGUUAUCAGCCGGCCAACGGGGCCGUAUGGUGGAGUGAUCCAGUAUGACUUCGGCAAGACUGGGGCAGACGGUCGCAUCGAUCGCACCGGUAGCCUGAAUGCGCCACCAACGAUCCUUCUCAACGCCUUAUCCAAGCUCAGCGCAAACGACCUUCGCCAAAGGACAAAAGUCUCCAAGUACCUAGAUCAGCUCUCCAAGCAGCCAAAGUUUGCGUCGCCAGGCUCUAAAAAUGACACUCUCUACCUUGCAUCAUCGCUACACAUUGGUGGAGCUACAUGCGCAAAAUGCCGUCCACAAGACAUAGUGGACAGGGACGUACGCCCGACGACAGAGCCGGUUCUUUUCUUCGGCAACAUCGCUUCUGGGAAUCAGGUGAUGAAGGAUGGGCCGACGCGCGACAGAUACAGUCAAGAGCUGGGAGGUGUCCUGUGUUUUGAGAUGGAGGCAGCCGGCCUGAUGAACAACUUCUCUUGCAUUGUGAUCCGAGGCAUCUGCGACUAUUCCGACGCGCACAAGAACAAACAGUGGCAACCGUACGCGGCAGCGACGGCAGCGGCGUACGCAAAAGAGCUGCUAAAUACCAUUCCAUUAGUAGUAUCGAACAAUCCGAACAGGCCAGAGGGGCUAGAACAGCCAGAAGACCUAGGGGGACCAGAGAACUGUUAG